UAUAAUGUAGCGUUUACUUCUAUUUCUCUAUUGUAAAAAUAUUAUUUUCGCUGAUUUCAGCUAGGGCAUGCCAUUUUCAUGCUUUGGGUGAAAUAGUAUUAGGCUUCAAUGUGUUUUCCAACUUUAAUUUUUUUUUUUUUUAAGGAAGUAGGCACCAAUUAUUAAUUAGCUCACCCUAUAUGUUUGUCUUCCAAUUUCUCUUCCGCCCCUGAUUUAAUAAAAAAUGUUUGGAUACUGAAUUCAAUAUUCGUUAAAUCCUAGCACACGGAACAGCAAAAUUCUAAGUACAUAUAUAGUAGUAGUUCGCAAAUACAAUAACUCAUAACCACAAACAAACAAAAAACAUAUUCACUCAAAAAACGUCUAUAGCACAUGGCUAAUUUUCAUUUCAAGCACGUAGCCAUCUUCUUCAUUCUCAUCUCAAUUUCAGUACCUCAAGUUUUAUCAGUAGUAGAGGAUUGUGGAGCAGAAGAAGACAACUCUUGUGUCAACAAAUCCAAAGCAUUACCCUUAAAAAUCAUAGCCAUAGUCUCCAUCUUAAUCACUAGCAUGAUCGGAGUAUGUCUUCCAUUGGUUACACGUUCUAUCCCGGCCCUAAGCCCCGAUCGAAGCCUUUUCGUGAUCGUCAAGGCAUUUGCAGCAGGAAUUAUCCUAGCCACGGGCUUCAUGCACGUGCUACCAGACUCAUUUGACAUGUUGUCGUCGAGUUGCUUGAAGGAGAACCCGUGGCAUAAGUUUCCCUUCACUGGAUUUGUUGCAAUGUUGUCUGCUAUAAUAACGUUGGCUAUUGACUCUAUAGCGACUAGUUUGUACAGCAAGAAACACAAAGCUGGUGUAAUUCCAGAAAGUCAUGAUCAAGAAACUGGAAAUCAUGUUCAUUCGCAUCAUCACCAUGGAUCUUUUUCGACUAAAGAUGGAGUUGAUGGUAAAAAACUACUGCGAUACAGAGUAAUUGCCAUGGUGUUAGAGCUCGGAAUUAUCGUUCACUCAAUAGUGAUAGGGUUAUCUCUAGGUGCGUCAAGCAAUACUUGCACAAUUAAAGGACUCGUCGCUGCACUUUGCUUUCAUCAAAUGUUUGAAGGGAUGGGUCUUGGUGGUUGCAUCCUCCAGGCUGAAUACAAGUUCUUAAAGAAGGCAAUAAUGGCAUUUUUCUUCGCAGUAACAACUCCAUUUGGUAUAGCACUUGGGAUAGCCCUGUCGAGCACUUACGAGGAAAACAGCCCACGAGCACUAAUAACCGUUGGAUUGCUCAAUGCAUCCUCUGCUGGCCUUCUGAUCUAUAUGGCUUUAGUAGAUCUUCUUGCUGCUGAUUUUAUGGGUGACAAGUUACAAGGCAGUGUAAAGCUACAAAUCAAGUCCUUUAUGGCUGUUCUUCUAGGUGCUGGUGGAAUGUCUGUCAUGGCCAUUUGGGCCUAAAUUUGUUUUGAGCAAUAAGUUUGUGCACACCAACCCCCUCCCCAUCCCCCUUUUUUCUAGUCCCUGCUUUCCUCUAAUUUUAAAAUUGUAAUUUGCUAUCUUUUUUAAUUUCGUGACUUAUGUUAAAUUGCAAAGUAUUCUCUAAAAUACGUCUUCACUGUUUUGUCCCUUAAUUACAAUGUGUCUAUCUAGUGCUUUUCAUAGUCAAAGUCAGGCGUUUGUUGAUGACAAAAUCGACAUAUCUUAUGUAAGUCUUUCCGGUAAUUGAAUCUUUUCAAUUUGAUUCUUCCGCGAGUAUAUUUAGUAAGGAAAAAAUAUUUGCCUUUACUGCUUUUUUUUUUUUUUUUACUAAUUUUGUCACGGUCCAACUAGUGGCAAUGACCAGCACUUAGUGGUAUUAGUCCCCAAUCAACUUAACUCAUAACAUCUCUAACAUUUAACUUAAGAAUCCAAACUUAAUUCACAACAUGUUUAUUUUAAUCCAUCUAUCAGAACUUAGACUAAUCUUCAACUUAACAUAAUUGCAACUGAGCAACUAAA